AUGAUCGGGGAAGGUCGUGACGAGGCUGCCCGCCUCUAUGUGCCUCCGCUCCUUGAGGAUGACGACCGAAUCGCCGAUCCCGACACUUCUGAAGAUCUCCCGCCGCCUGAUGUCGAGUCCGGAAGCCCACUGCCUAUUUGGCUGCAGGAGUCAUCCAAGUCCUUUCGCUGGGGCUGGGUGCCCUUGCCCCUCCGAAAGGCCGGUCGCACCACUGCAAACUGGAUCAAGGGCCCCGAUCCGCCGCACAUGCUCCUUUUGAAGCCGCUGUUUCCGCGUAUCCAGGAAUUGCCGGUCCAAUAUCUUGACCGCUUCUUCCCAAAGCGCAAACAAAAAGGUUUACUUCUGGGCUUGUUAUACCUCUCCUGGUUUCUGCCGUGGUUCCUUGUUCUACUUCACUCGCGAUCAUCCGGUUAUAUUGAGGGAUAUGGCCAGCUGCAGACUCUAUCUUGUACAACAAACCUCUGGCAAUUUGAUAACGGAUGUGGCCUGAAUGGAAAUGACUGCCGUCCUUUCUCCGAAUCAACAAUUGCUUUCCGAUGCCCCGCCAAUUGCCGCGAUGCGAAAUUGCUGGAGCCUCAUGUCGUUGGAAAUCAAACAGUCAAUUACCAAGGACUGGUUAUCGGAGGGCCAUCUCCCCAGUCACCGGAUACGGCGACCUACCGGGCUGACAGCUUUGUCUGCCAAGCAGCCAUCCACGCUGGAGCCAUCUCGAACGACGGUGGCUGUGGUGUUGCAAAGCUGGAAGGCGCUGCGCACUCUUUCCCAUCAGUGAAGCAGCAUGGAAUCAAGUCGAUAGCCUUCAAGUCCACUUUUCCAAAGUCAUUCAGCUUCCUUCACCCGUCUUCGUCACAAGCAAACUGCCCAUCGGAUCCGCGCUGGACGCUUCUCGGUGUUACAGCUGCAGCUGUUGGGGUUCUCUGGCUUUUCUGCACAUCGCCGCCAAUUCUUUUCUUCAGCACCUUCUUCAUGGUGUUUUGUCAUACGGGACUGGUCGCCGACCCUCCUUCGUAUCCCUAUCUGGCCGAUCUCGUAUCCACGCUUUUGUCUCGAAUGCUGCCCGCUUCAUUCGUUGUCUACCUGUCUAAGCUAUUCCUAUAUCUACCUGCACUUUUCAUCGGUGCUUUGAACAACUAUACCUUCGCGCGAUUGAUCCCCCUUCAGCGCCUGACCCCCAUGGAUAUCCAACAACAACCAGGGGCUAAGCUUGCAUUGGCAUUGGUCAUUCCAACUGUUCUCACCAUCAUUCUUACCCAGGCGUGGCAGAUCCGUCAGGGUGGACUGCUGCCCCGCUACUUGAAGAUAUAUGGUACUAUGGUCCUGAUUAUUCUCAUCCUUCUUCCGCUCCCUGGUCUUCGGCUCCGAAUCCACCAUUACAUCCUCGCCAUCCUACUCCUACCUGGUACUGCCUUCCCGACACGCCCUUCGUUGGUUUAUUCGGGUCUGCUCCUUGGUCUGUUUAUCAACGGCGUUGCCCGGUGGGGAUUUGCCUCCAUUAUUGAAACACCGGCCGCGCUGGGAGAACUUGCUCCGGGCCGUGGCGGAAAUGGCUGGUGGGGUUCUGCGUAUCCUAACAUCACGAACAACUCUGUUGAUAUCUCUUUGCCCAAAGCUGGCCCUGAUGAUUCCCAUUACGGCAACGGCAACAUAACCUUCCAUCUGUGGGAGCCCGAGCGAAUGGCGAAACUUGACGUGGAUGGUAUUUCGGUGUUGCUUAAUGAUGUGGAGCGCUGGCGUGGCUAUAUUGACGAAGACAAGCACGGUGAAUUCACCUGGCACCGUCAUGGUCACGAUGGUCUGGAACUGCGGCAGUUGUCUCUGCUCGAGGGCGAUGAAGAUUCUUCUGAAAUUGAGACCCAGUCUGGUCUUCUUCGAGACAGUGACUCCGAUGAUGACGACCCUAUUUAUAUUUUCUUUCGGUUUGCUUUCCUGCGGGGUGCGGAGGCCGGCUCCUAUGGGCCUACUGGUGUCUGGAGAAGCGAUGGAUCUUGGAUCUCACCCGACCCUCCGAAACAGUAG